AGGAAUGUUAUUGCAAAGCAUAUGCAGCAGAAAGUGAUUUAACGACUAGCUGAUACGCCAUUCCAGCCCUACUUCCCAGCUAGUAGUUCUUUAGCACCGGUUUGGCCAUGUCGUACUAUUUGGACUCGGAUCAUUCGACAAAAGGCCAUGUAAAGAGACAUGCAGCCGACAGUGUUCCUGAUAUUCGCCCUUUGGAUCCAACCAAUCGUUUGCACAGAUCGCACCUCUUCGUUUGCACUAUUCAAUUCUUACAUACGUGGCCACUUGGAUGGAAGGGUAGAAGAUGUUCACAAUCUAUUACCAGAAUACGAUUUCAUUGUCGUUGGAGGGGGUUCGGCUGGGGCAGUACUUGCAUCAAGGCUCUCAGAUAUAGCCGGAUGGACAGUCCUGUUGCUAGAAGCUGGAGGUUUGGAGACCAUCACUUCCGACAUCCCUGGCCUUGCCAAGUUCCUUCAGUUAACUGACAUCGACUGGCAAUAUCAAACAGAGCCGCAACCAGGUCAAUGUUUGGCUUUAAAAGAUGAACGGUGCAAUUGGCCGCGUGGGAAAGUUCUGGGUGGUUCGUCCGUAUUGAAUUACAUGUUGUACGUACGUGGUAAUAAACGUGAUUACGAUGGCUGGGCGAAGGUGGGCAAUUACGGCUGGUCGUGGAAGGAUGUCCUUCCGUACUUCAUCAAAUCGGAAGACAAUCGCAAUCCUUAUUUGGCAAGGAAUAAAGAAUACCAUGGAACUGGCGGAUAUCUGACCGUACAAGAAGCUCCAUUCCACACUCCACUUUCAGCUGCAUUUGUCCAGGCAGGCGUCGAAUUGGGUUACGAAAACCGAGACUGCAAUGGAGAAAUCCAAACAGGUUUCAUGAUUCCUCAGGGAACAGUGCGUGAUGGAAGUCGAUGUUCAACGGCCAAAGCUUUUCUGCGUCCAGUCCGCAAGCGGAAGAAUCUGCACGUCGCUCUAUGGGCUCAUGUGCAUCGCGUUUUGAUCGACGAUCAGAAACGAGCUUACGGAGUUGUUUUUGAACGUGAUGGAAGGAUCCAAAGGAUUCGAGCACGUAAAGAAGUCAUCCUGUCAGCCGGCGCUAUCGGUAGCCCACAGCUGAUGCUGUUGAGCGGAGUAGGUGACCCGACCCACCUACAACAGGUGGGUAUUUCUGUCAAACAUAGCCUUCCGGGUGUUGGCCAGAACCUGCAAGACCACAUUUCUGGCAGAGGAAUGGUUUACCUGAUUAACGAAACUGUUUCAUACGUCGAGACGCGUUUUAUCAACAUACCGUCUGUUUUGAAUUAUGUCAGAAAUAGAGGACCGCUGACUGCCCUGAGUGGCACAGAAGGUCUUGCAUGGGUAAAAACCAAAUAUGCUGAUCCUAAUGACGAUUAUCCCGAUAUGCAGCUUCAGUUUAUCGCUGGCUCACCUAUUGCGGAUGGCGGCGUAACACUGAAGGCAAAUGAUAACGUCAAAGAUUCAGUCUGGAAGGAGUAUUACGAGCCUAUUGCAUAUCGUGACAGUUGGCAACCCAUUCCUAUAGUGUUACGACCCAGAUCUAAGGGCUAUCUUCUACUGCGCUCUAGCGACCCAUAUGAUAAGCCGCUCAUUUAUGCCAACUACUUUGCAGACGAAUAUGACUUGAAAGUGAUGAUAGAAGGCAUGAAAAUUGGGCUGGCAUUGAGCAAGACGAAGGCAUUCCAGCGCUUUGACUCGCGCCUGUAUGACAAACCGUUCCCUGGGUGUGAAACUUUGCCAUUGUGGACUGACCAAUACUGGGAGUGCUUCUUACGCCACUAUUCUACCACGCUUUAUCACCAAGCUGGCACCUGCAAAAUGGGAAAUAGUUCAGACCCUACGGCUGUCGUUGAUCCUGAACUACGCGUUUACGGCAUGCAAGGAUUGCGCGUUGUGGACGCUUCUAUUAUGCCGGAUGUCGUAUCUGGAAACACCAACGCACCAGUCAUCAUGAUAGCGGAGAAAGCGGCUGAUCUCAUCAAGGAAUUUUGGUUGAAAAGAUCAGAAUCACCUAAUGAUAUUGAAUCUGGGCAUCUUGAUUAAAUCAUUUUAUUUAUAUCUCUCAGUCAAUAGUUUUGGUUCGGUAUGCAUGAUUUAUUCUUGUGUUGCACGUUAGUGUGCCCAUAAGAAUAAGCUCACUCCCAGCAAACCGCGUUGGCUAAUCGUGCAUAGCGAAUCAUUUUGUUUAAAUAGCCCCUCUGAUUAAAAUUUUCAUUGAUCCAUACUGUCAACUUGCAGGGAAUUUCAUCUUAGUAACAUUUCAGUCACACAGUCCUGUCAAUAGUUUGUUUUCUCUAUUGAAAUGUUGGCAGCUGUCCGUUUGUCGAAUCGUUAAGUUGUAUCCUACGACGAUAAGACUUAACGUUUGUAACACAUGAUCAAAGGAAAGCAGAGUUUGCAAAUCUAUAAUUGCCAAAUUGCAUUUGCAAACUUUCUUCCUUUUUUUUUUUACCAAUAAAGAAAUCGAAUGCCGUGAAACGGAGGAUCGCGUGUCAGAUAAGGCCUUAAGGAUGAAAUAAUGGCGUUAUACUCCCCAAAUAAAAGCGUG